AUGUUUUCUUCCGUUCGAUCCGUCUGUCUGGGCCUGUUGUCGGCUUGCCUGGUCUCGGGGCACACCCUCCGGGCCAGCAAUGUCAGUUCAAGCUACCGGAUUGACGUACACUCCCAUGUCAUUCCGCCGGUAUGGCGAGCGGCCCUGAUCGCUGCGGGAUACCCCGUGAAGAAUGGGACAGUGUAUACCGAUGACUUCCCCGUUCCCGACUGGACGUUGGAAUCGCAUCUGGCCACUAUGGACACCCUGGGCAUCAAUUACUCGACCAUCAGUGUGAGCGCCCCGGGGGUAUACUUCCUCAGCGACCCCAGCGAGGCACACGCGCUGGCCCGAACCGUUAACCUCGCCAUGCACAACUACACUCAAGCGUAUCCGACGCGACUGGGCGCGCUCUGCCUACUGCCGCUGCCUCAUACUGAAGAAUCGCUGGCCGAAAUUGAGUUUUGCCUGGACACUCUCAAGUUUCCCGGGGUUGGCAUGUAUACCAAUGCCAAUGGCACCUACCUGGGCGAUUCCUCCCUCGAUCCAGUCUUUUCAGUUCUGAACGAGCGGCAAACUACCGUCUUCGUCCACCCGGCAGCGCCGGGCUGUCAGUCGGUGUCUCUGGGCUACCCCAUCCCGUUGACAGAAUACCCGUUCGACAGCGUCCGGGCGAUGGAGAACCUGCUGCUGACGGGGCAAAGAGCCGAGAAUCCCGAUGUGAAGAUGAUCUUCGCCCAUGGAGGGGGUGCUAUGCCCUACCUGGCGAGCCGCAUUGCCGGUAUGGCCUCCAUGUCCUUACUUGGCGGAUUGAAUGCGACCAAGUCGUUGGCAGAGCUGGCCGGGUACUACUUUGACACAGCGUCGGCCAGCUCGGCGAUUCAGCUGGCGGCCAUGAAGAGCUUUAUCGGGGUGGAUCAGAUCUUGACUGGGACUGAUUACCCGUAUGUCCCCCUUGUACAGAGCGAGGCGGCGCUCCCUGCCAUCCAGGCCCACGGUGACUUCACCGAUGCCGAGAUGGCGCGUAUCAACAAUCGGAAUGCGUUGUCGCUGUUUCCGCGGGUUGCCGAGAUUCUGGCCUAUUAGAUGAUCCACGGACGAAUUCAUGGUCUAUUCCCGUCACGCCGCUGGAUGUACCCAACCC